CACACUGACUCUAAAUUAACUACAGAUAAAGCAGAUUUCCAGAGUUCACCAAAAACAGAAUCAAAGAACCCCCCACCCCCUUCUGCGAUUCCUUCUCCCAAUUCCGAUCGAUUAUUGAUAAUUGGUUUAUGGAGAGCGCAUCGGAGCUGGUGGAAUUCCCUUUGCUGCAGACGCCGAUCGAAGCAAACUACAGAGCUUGCACCAUUCCCUACAGAUUCCCCUCCGAUAAUCCUCGCAAGCCCACUCCCACCGAAAUUUCUUGGAUUGAUCUCUUCUACAACUCCAUCCCUUCCUUCAAAAAGCGUGCCGAGAGUGAUCCUUCUGUUUCUGAUGCUGCGACUAAGGCUGAAAAAUUUGCUCAAAGGUAUGGUGACAUACUUGAAGAUUUGAAGAAAGAUCCCGAAAGUCAUGGCGGGCCACCUGAUUGUAUCCUCCUCUGCAGACUUCGUGAGCAAGUACUUAGAGAACUGGGAUUCACAGAUAUCUUCAAAAAAGUCAAGGAUGAAGAAAAUGCAAAAGCCAUCUCCCUAUUUGGGGAUGUUGUUCGCCUUAACGAUGCCAUUGAAGAUGAAGGCAAGCGACUUGAGAAUCUUGUUAGAGGAAUUUUUGCUGGAAACAUAUUUGAUCUUGGCUCGGCACAGCUUGCAGAGGUUUUCUCCAAGGAUGGGAUGUCCUUUCUAGCUAGUUGUCAGAACCUUGUUCCUCGGCCUUGGGUUAUUGAUGAUCUUGACAAAUUUAAGGCGAAAUGGAGCAAGAAGUCAUGGAAGAAGGUUAUCAUAUUCGUAGAUAAUUCUGGUGCAGAUAUCAUUUUGGGUAUACUGCCAUUUGCGAGGGAGCUGCUUCGGCAUGGGAGUCAGGUUGUAUUGGCUGCUAAUGAAUUACCUUCCAUCAAUGAUGUGACUUACCCAGAGCUAGUUGAAAUUAUAUCAAAGUUAAAAGAUGAAGAAGGACAUCUCAUGGGUGUCAGUAUUUCAAAUCUUUUAAUUGCCAACUCCGGCAAUGAUUUACCUGUCAUUGAUCUUACAAGAGUGUCACAAGAGCUUGCUUACCUUGCCAGUGAUGCAGAUUUUGUCAUCUUAGAAGGGAUGGGUCGCGGAAUAGAAACGAAUCUCUAUGCUCAAUUUAAAUGCGACUCCCUCAAGAUUGGGAUGGUGAAACAUCCUGAAGUUGCACAAUUUCUUGGUGGACGUUUGUAUGAUUGUGUUUUCAAAUACAAUGAAGUCUCAAGUUUAUAAGUCUCAUUCUUUUCUCUUCUCUUCUCUUCCAUUGCUGCAUAGUUUCACUGUCUUAGUUUGAAUCUUUCAACUUUAGAACAUACCAGCAUGAAGCUAAUGCUUUUUCUUCAAUAUCAUUUUAGUUUUAGAAGAGAGGAUUAAAGGGAAAAAAAAUCAUACAUUUUACUUGUAAUAAAAAAAAAAGUAGUUCUACACA